CGAAGCAUAAAACCAGCAAAACUUUGGCUAUUUGUCUUCCAAAAAGUACUAAAGUGAACAUUCAAUUAUCAAAAUAAGUUGCCAGGUAAUUUUCUGUUUAAAUUUUUCUGUUGAAUUGAUUAAUUGAGCGUUCGUACUGAUCACUGCCAUCCAUAGACAAGUCAUCAUGCAGUCAGGAUAUACAGGGUUGUAGCACUCAUUAAAAAGUUAAAACAUUAUAUACAGAACUAUACAGACUGAGGAGUUAUAGCUAGAAUGAAAAUCUAAGGAACAACAACAGUGGCAGAGUAAAAAAAAAGCCACAAGGGCAAACAUCAGAGUUAAGUAACAAUAAGCAAAAGACUUUAAAAGACAGACUUGUAAACUUUAGUGAGCUAAUAAAUGUAGAGUAUGUGACACGUGAGGAUAAAAGAUCCAUCGUGUAGAAAUCACAGUGUAAUUCCUUUUCUGUAAAGAGACACUGCCGUGAUAAUAGAUCAGGAGGAGGGUCGAGGAGGUUGGGAGUGUGUUUGAGUGUGUGUGUGUGUGUGGGAAACAGAGACAAGCCCACAGCAGCUUACCCAAACGUCCAUUAGAUCUGGGUUGCGACUAUCAUAUGAUGGCUCCUCUGCUGUUUGCGUUCUUCAUGGCGUUCUGCCGGCUUCAGUGACCUCAUGGAAUGCACGUGGGAUUUUUCUGCAAGAAAACAUUUGCACUCAACGGCUCUCUCACCCAGACUGGAGUCCAUGUGAGUAACCUUUAUGGAGACGACUUCUGAAACGCUCAUCGUGGGGUUUGGGAUGUGAUGCAAGGUGUCUUUGCUGACUGGAUCCAUGCUGAACUGAAGGUGAAGGAAAAUGCGCAUAUCAUCAUUAAUUUGGAUUCUGCACCUCAUGAAUCUUACGAAAGGCCUUGAUGACACAAGACGUAGCUCCUCCGUGAACAGACUGUGUCUGCCAGGUUGUGCGACGUGCUCGGCCCUGAAUGGCUGUCUGUCCUGUAAACCUCGCCUCUUCUUCCACCUGGAGCUGGACGGGAUGCGGCAAAGGGGCACCUGUCUGUCCUCCUGUCCCCGGGGUCACUAUGGCACACGCUCUCCGCACAUCAGCACCUGCACCAAGUGCAAAGAAGACUGCGCUUCCUGUUUCAGCGAAAAUUUCUGCACACAUUGUCACCCAGGUCACUUCCUGUUCCGGGGCAAAUGUGAAAACAGCUGUCCAAAUGGGCUGACGCCAAACGCAGUGCUGAGAGAAUGCACAGAGUGCUCUCCAGGCUGUGAGGUGUGUGUGAGGAGGAACGUGUGUGUGAGGUGUAGAGCAGACCUGUACUUCCUCCACAGUCAGUGCCAUCUCACCUGCCCGACGGUGUUUGAGCCUGAUGUGCAGCUUAUGCAGUGCGUCCCCCGAGUGCACUGUGAGGUCGGGGGAUGGACAGCUUGGGGUCCAUGUGUUCGGAAAAAGAGAAAGGGGGCGUACAGGAGGGGACAGGAGACACGUAUCCGACAGGUUCUGCGGUCUCCAAGUGUCCACGGGAACCCCUGCCCACAUGUGUCAGAGGCUAGGAAGUGUGUCAUCAAAAAGAGGCCUAAGAGUCGACGUAGGUUGUAGUAACUGGAACGAGAGUGCCUUAAAGGCCAUUUGUAGAUAUCGCAGAGACAUUCCACUUGUUAUUGCACAUUUUAUAUCAGCUGAUUAAAAUAUUGUAAAUUGUGAAGAUGUACUCAUCU